AUGGCAUUACUUUGCGGGCCGAACUUCUUCUACAUGACUGCAUCCAUCCUGAUCGGCUCGGCCAUCAUCACAUACCUACUCAAGUUCAUCCAGCUAGACAUCCGACCUUUCAUGUCAACAAAACCCGGCAAAAUCAUCGAAACGACCGCAACAAAAGUCUGUGAACGGGUCGUUGACAUGCUCGCUAUCUCGGAUCCACUCACUCCGCCAAGUAGUUCUAUCACCAGAUCCUCCCGCGGCUACCUUGAAACUCUCCCUCUACGUCGCGGCUCCCGGCCCGAGGUUCAGGGCAUCAGCAGCCCCGUCCAGAGAAGUCAACUCCCGCCUUGGGAGCAGAAGAACGUGCAAGACCGCCUGCGAAACCUGAUCAUCGAGAUCCCGGAGAAAUGCCCUGUGUCAACAUACUUGGGUCGGUCGACAUUCGAGCCUGCCUCUCCGACUUCACUUUACGCCCGACAUCGUGCAUUCAACGAGACGCAGUACUAUGGCGAAAUCAUCAGCGCGAACACAGAAGAUGGAUUCAUCCACUCAAGUCUCCACCCGAGUGACGUUAGGGUGGUAAUUGAGAAGGGUUGGGGCCAGAGACAUCCACUGUCCGGACGCCUUACCGCUCGACUGACGGGACUUGUGGAUGCAAAUCAGCCUAGCCCGGUUGAAGGGUCGAAGGUAUUGCUCUAUGCGCCGAGAAACAACGAAGACCUGGACGUGAUUGGGAAGAUUCUGAACGCUGCUGUUUGGUGGGUUGGCGGAAUUGACAACAGCUUUGACAAUGAACAGGUUGUGGGUAGCACUGAGUGGUAA